GCCACAGUGACCGAGUUCCGCUGUCACAACAGAUAAUACAACAACAUGACUGACUCAGGUCCAAAGAUCAAACUAUUCAAGUUUUUAAAGAUUAUUAUUUGCAGCCUACUCAUUACAGUGCUGGUGUUAGGCACUAUAGCGUCUAUCAGGACUGUUUCACUGGACGUAAAUGUCGGACUUCAGCUGGCACACUGGGAAAAGACCAAUAACAUCUCUCUUGUGAUAGACCAGCAGCAGAGAGAGGGGCUACUUGCUAAUUUUAAAGAGGCUGUACGGAUCCCCACUGUGUCAUUCAGCGGGACGGACAUCAACACCACCGCUCUGCUUCAAUUUGACAAGUUCCUACGAAAAGCCUUCCCAACAGUUUUCUCCUCAAGCUUGGUUCAUCAUGAAUUGGUGGCAAACUACAGUCAUCUGUUUUGGGUGCCGGGGUCACAGCCUGACCUGGUGCCAUACAUGCUGUUGGCCCAUAUUGAUGUAGUACCUGCCUCAGAGGCGGAUGGCUGGGAGGCCCCACCAUUUUCUGCCAAGGAGAUAGAUGGCUUCAUCUAUGGUAGAGGGACCAUAGAUGACAAGGGCGCUCUGAUGGGAAUCCUUCAGGCCUUGGAGUACUUGCUGAUUAAAGGCUAUACACCACGCAGAGGAUUUUACAUUGGCCUUGGUCAUGAUGAAGAGGUCGGUGGUUAUAAGGGGGCACUGAACAUAGUAAGCCUUUUGAAGCAGCGUGGUGUGCGACUGUCAUUUGUCAUGGAUGAGGGCCUAGCAGUGCUAGAUGGAGUCAUCUCUGGUCUUGAAGGACCUGCUGCCCUUAUCGGAAUAAGUGAAAAGGGCGCAGCUACUGUAAAGCUGAGUGUGUCAAUGCUCCCUGGUCACUCCUCCAUGCCUCCCAGAGAGACCAGCAUUGGGAUCUUGGCUGCAGCAGUUAAAAGACUAGAGGAGAACCCCAUGCCGAGGUUAUUUGGUCAUGGACCUGAACGUGGAACCUUUGAACACUUGGCCCAUAAGUUCAGGCUCCCAAUGAAGUUCAUAAUGUCGAAUUUGUGGCUGUUUUCCCCACUCCUUGGCAGGGUACUGGAGAGAAAAUCAGACACUAAUGCGUUUGUAAGGACAACCACAGCAGUCACCAUGUUUAAUGCAGGAGUUAAGGUGAAUGUCAUCCCUUCCCUUGCUGAAGCUUAUGUUAAUCUAAGAAUCCACUCUGCACAGUCAUUAAAAGAGGUGCUGGACCUGAUCGAGUCUACAGUAGGGGACCACCGUGUGAAAAUAGAGUUUAUUGACGGGUUCGAUCCUCUCCCUGUCAGUUCCUUUGAUGAAAUGUCUUUUGGCUUCCAGAUCAUUAAGAAAACUGUGUUGGACAUGUUUCCGACCAUUACGGUCGCUCCAGGUAUCUGUAUUGGGAACACUGACAGUCGACACUUCAAAGACCUGACCAAUGAUAUUUAUCGCUUUGCCCCUAUCUGGUUUAAACCAGGUGAUGCUCAGAGAUUCCAUGGGAUCAAUGAAAGAAUUUCCAAAAAGAACUAUGAGGAGCUUGUACAAUUUUUCUUCAGUCUGAUUCAAAACUGUGACAUACAGAAGCUCCCUGACCCUCAUAGCUCUGUCCAUGAACUCUAAGAAAUGGAUAGUACUGGUAACAAGCCUAACAAAUGCAAUACAAAAGUCUGAAUUAUUGCAAGAGCACCAAACAAAACCACAACUUGACUUACUCCUUUGUUACUAAAUUUCAUAAACAAAAUAAGACAAUUCCUUGUCUUAUAAUGCCAGAUACAAUUUUCCACUGGCCUGUAAUCUUAGUUUAAACAAUGGAAUCUUUUUGGUCUCUUGUCGAGCUUAUUUGCAUUUGUUAUAACAAUUUUGUGGUCACUGCUGUGAUGAUUUAACUUAAAACCAAGAUUGUAUAAGUUGAUCAAUAUUUUCUGGGCUGCUAAUAAUACUGAAUAAUAAUAAUAAUAAUAAUACUUAAAAUGAUGAUGCACAUACAAUUUUAAUGAAAUAACUGUGUAAAUAUUUUUGGCUACUCACAACAAUCCAGUACAUUAGUUUAUCUUUUAAAGACUUCUGUAUCACUGAUGACAGAUUGAAAUAAAUCCUUUUUUGUACAAGUGA